CUGGAAUUUCAUUAAAAAUUAAUUUUAUUAAAAAUUUAACAAAUUUUACCCAUUUUCCAUCUUCCCUCCCUUUAUACCUCCCCUUCCCCCUAUUUUUAUUUAUUUCCUUUUAAUUUAAUAUUGGCGAUGCUACUGAUAUUAUCUUUUAAAAAUAUAAGUAAUUUAUUUUAUCCUCUUUCUUCCCUAAAAAUUUCCCUCCUUUUCAUUAUAAUCGAGAAUUGUGUUACAAGCAAAUUUACGCGCUAUUCGUCCUUCACAAUUCCUCAAGUCAUUCAAGUCAGUUUUAUUUUCUUUUUUCCUCCUCUUCUUAAUUUUCCUCCUAAAAACGUUCACGGACCUCGCCCCUCCCUUUAUUUUUUCAAUUCUUGCUUGUCAAGUAGAAUGUAA